CGCAUGAUAGAAAAGACAGUCAAAAGGACCUGCAUUGGCUUUUUCUCCUACAGACAUGGAUGCAUCCAGUGACAGGCUUUUCUGCUGCAGGUGGGUGCGCCACAGGGUGCCUUUGGCCCACAGAGAGGAACUGUACCACAUCCUGAGGAUGACAGGGCCUCUGUUGCUCUCUCGAAUCCUCCAUUACCUGCUCCCAUUCGUGGUUACAAUGUUCUGUGGGCGUCUGGGAAAUGAAGUGAUGGCAGGCUAUGGUUUAGCUUCUGCUGCCAUUAAUGUUACCACUGCAGCAACAGGAUAUGGUCUAGGACUGGCAUGUGAUACUCUGGUGUCUCAGACAUUUGGAGGUAAGAACCUGUUGCGGGUGGGAGUGAUCCUUCAGCGGGGAAUCAUCAUCCUGUUGUUGUUCUGUCUGCCCUGCUGGGGUCUGCUCAUUAACGCCCAGGCCAUCCUGCUAUGCAUGGGCCAGGACCCUGAGGUGGCAAGAAUAGCCCAGCUGUAUAUUACAGGCUUCCUUCCUGCAGUACCAGCUAUGUUUCUACAACAUCUCCAGGUGUCUUACCUGCAGAACCAGGGUAUAAUACUGCCGCAAAUGUAUGCUGCUGCCAUGGCAAACAUAGCCAGUGUGGUGACAAAUUACAUCUUCCUAUACUGGCUUGAUUUUGGUGUUAGUGGAUCUGCCGCAGCCAACACUCUAUCUCAGAUUUACAUCUGCGCUUUCCUGUUUGCUUACAUUUGGUGGAAGAAGCUCCAUGUAAUAACAUGGGGAGGCUGGUCAGUAGAAUCACUGCAGGAGUGGGGCUCCUUCAUGAAACUGGCCAUACCCAGCACAUUAAUGAAGUGCUUUGAGUGGUGGGUUUAUGAGUUUGGUGGAUUCUUUGCAGGAAUGCUGAGUGAAGACGAGCUGGCAGCCCAACAUGCUGUAAUAAUGGUGGCAUUCAUCACCUACAUGUUCCCUCUUGGUAUUCAAGCUGCAGCGUGUGCCCGAGUGGGUAACGCUCUUGGUGCAGGAGACACUGCCAGGGCGCUUCUCACCACCAAGAUGUCAUUUGUUCUUGCAGGAAGCUUUGCGCUUGUUGAAGGUCUUUUGCUGGGUUUGACUAAAACAGUAAUUGGCUUCAUCUUCACCUCUGAUGAGAAGAUCAUAGGUCUGGUCUCACAUCUGAUGAAUGUGUACUGUUUCCUUCAGUUCUUUGAUGCUCUUGUGUGUGUGUGCACAGGGAUCUUCUUAGGAACAGGCAAACAAAAGAUACCAGCUGUGGCCAAUUUCAUUGGAUACUACUGCAUAGGACUGUCACUGAGCAUUACUUUAAUGUUUGUUGCAAAACUGCGAGUUUUUGGAUUUUGGCUAGGACUGCUUGUUUGUGUCAUUGUACAAUCAACCUUCUACAUCAUUGUCAUCUCCAAGUUGAAUUGGGAGAGAAUGACAGAGGAGGCUGUAAACCGAGCGGGAAAAAACACUGCCAAGACAUUAACAAGAUCAGCUGCUCUGUCAGAUACUGCGGGUAAUGCCACUGCUGACCAGACAGCGAGUAAUGGAGAUUCAGUGGAUGGCCACAUGUCUGUGAGCAUAGAGUGCAAUGAUGGGAACACAGAGACACAGGGUGGACAUAUGGUCCAGCAUGUGAAGGCUGGUCGUCUCUCUACUACCCAGCUGAUCCUCCGACGAGGUCUCACAAUGUUUGCAGCAGUUGCGCUUCUGGCAGUGGGAGUAAGCGUGCACUUCAUCGUGCCCUUGCCAGAUACCCUGCCGUCAAAAGCAAACUUUACUUUGGACUGGAUUAACACAACAUAUACCACUGUGCUGGUCCCAAAAUGA